AUGCUGCGUCUGUGCUACGGUCCUCUCGAUUGCUGCUUCCGACGCCGUGGUGCCGCAGACGGACUUCUCUGGCACACCGACUUGAAACCCCACGCCUCCGGUGACUUUUCCAUCGCCGUCGUUCAGGCCAAUUACAGUCUCGAGGAUCAGAGCCAAGUCUUCACCUCCCCCUCGGCCACCUACGUUGGCGUCUACGACGGCCACGGCGGCACCGAGGCUUCUAGAUUCGUCAACAAACGACUCUUCCCUUAUUUGCAUAAAUUUGCCACUGAGCAAGGGGGUCUGUCUGUGGAUGUCAUAAAAAAGGCAUUUAGUGCCACAGAGGAGGAAUUCCUGCAUUUGGUGAAGUUAUCCUUGCCUAUUAGUCCCCAGAUUGCUUCUGUGGGAUCCUGUUGCCUUUUCGGUGCAAUUUCUAAUAAUGUGUUGUAUGUUGCCAAUCUCGGAGACUCUAGGGCUGUUCUUGGCAGGAGAGACGUAGAGAGAAAGAACAGUCCAGUGGUGGCACAGCGCUUGUCAACUGAUCAUAAUGUAGCUGAUGAGGAAGUGAGAAGAGAAGUUGAAGCUCUCCAUCCGGAUGACUCUCACAUUGUAGUUUAUAGCCGAGGAGUUUGGAGGAUUAAGGGCAUUAUUCAGGUGUCAAGGUCUAUUGGUGAUGCGUAUUUGAAGAAACCUGAUUUCUACCGAGACCCAGUUUUUCAGCAAUAUGGAAAUCCUGUUCCUUUGAAGCGUCCUGUAAUGACGGCUGAACCAUCAAUCAUUAUUAGGGAGCUUGAGUCAGAGGAUUUAUUCUUGAUAUUUGCCUCUGAUGGCCUGUGGGAGCAAUUAAGUGAUGAAGAAGCAGUUCAGAUUGUUUUCAAGUAUCCAAGGGCUGUGAGUGUCCAAAAAACUGUUAUUCGGGAGCUGCAUAUGAUGCUAAACUUUUUACAUAUUUACAAGGAUUUUGAUUUGUGUUUCCGGUACUUGCAGGGAAUUGCCAAGAGACUGGUGAGGGCUGCUCUUCAAGAAGCUGCAAAGAAGAGAGAGAUGAGAUAUGAUGACAUAAAGAAAAUUGACAAAGGAAUAAGACGACACUUCCAUGAUGAUAUCACUGUGGUUGUAGUCUAUCUUGAUCACCAUGCGGGUUCCUCUAAUGGUAGAUUCAAGCAAACUGCUGUUGGCUGUACAACUGCCCCUGUUGAUAUUUUUUCCCUAAAUACGGAUGUAGCAGAAGCAGAAAAGAGAAUGCUUAGUGCAGUUGCCUAA